CGUAACGUGACAGAAAUUUAAACUAGAAAAAAAAUCAUCUCGUAAAUCAGCGAUGUCUACGGUAACGAAUUCCUCGAAUAUGCGUCUAUCUUUGAUAUCGAGAUCUCAGCGAGGUCCUGCGGGGGCGGCUGGAGGCGGCACAUCAUCCAUGGGGCGAACAUUUUCGCAGCAGUCAAAAAUCGGUCUGAGUACAGCCUCCCUUAUUCCCGGUCAUCUCGCGACGAGUGCAACCUACAGAAAUACCAAAGGGGGUUUCAAGAUACCAAAAUAUCAAAAUAGUUAUCGUCUGAACGCUUACAACCCAUUCAAACACGAAGCUAUCGACAAAAUAUUGGAAGAAGUCAUCACCACGACAUUAACCGGUAUGAAAUAUAAUCCGGAAGUGUGUAUGAAAUUGUGUCAAGAUAUGACAGCGGAAAUACGUAAUCGAGUUUAUCGUAAGGAUUACGACAGGUAUAAAUUUAUCGUUCAGGUAACGAUAAUAGAAAAAACAGGACAAAGUGUAAACGUGGCAACCGGAAGACUUUGGGAUGUUGAAAGAGACGGAUAUUCGACAUUCACAUUUGAGAGUCCGCAAAUGUAUGCUGUCGGAAUAGUCGUUGGUCUCUAUUACGAAUGACGGACGAUUAAUUCCAGAAAAAUG